UAACUUUACUUGCACGGAUUCACAAAGUAAAGGGAGAGUGUGUUCUCUAUAGCGUUCAAGCGUUCACCGUUCGUUUCAAUACAAACCUGAUCGGAUCCACAGAUCGAUAAAGCUAUACAACGUUAUCAUUUCACCUUUACUGAAACUACACUGCUUUGAGAAUCAAUCGAAGAGAGAGAAGAGAAAAAAGAAAGAUGUCCAAUCUUCAAUUUGAGACAACAGUGAAUGAGCUGAUUAAGCUGGAUGCUCCAGUUGCUAUGGGAACAGGAAGCGAUCUUCCGAGGUGGCAGAGAAAGGCUAUGGAAAAUAGAGAGCGGGGACUUGCCCCAUCACCUUCCAAUAACAGGAAAACCCCUUCCCGAGGGGCUACGAAGACUCCAUCGCGUCGGCGCAACUCCAAACAAACUCCAAGUAAAACACCCCCUGCUAAGAAGACAGGAAAGACUCCUGGCCGAGAGCCACUUAAACAACACCAAGGAGGAGAUAGAUUUAUCCCCAACCGGGCCCUGAUGGACUACGACCUUAGUCAUUUCAAACUGACCCAAGGUGACCAGCCCACAUUCGAUGAUGAGAUGCACGAAGCGGAUGAGGUAACGACCUACAACGCAACAGCCAUCAAAGACCACCUGGGUGACCACAAGGACGCCAAGAUCCUGACCUUCAAGCAGAGAGCACCCAAAGCGCAAGAAGGCUACUCCAACAACUUGAAGGUGCUUUACAGUUCGACUCAGGACCGGCCGAAGAAACCGACUAGUCGUUUUAUACCGCAGACUGCAGAACGGAUCCUGGAUGCGCCGGAACUCCACGAUGACUUCUACCUGAACCUGAUGAGUUGGAGUUCAAAGAACAUUCUAAGCAUCGCUCUUGGCAACGCGGUUUACCUAUGGAACGCCAACUCGGGGGAGAUUGACCAUCUUUUUCAAUUAGAGAGUCCAGGGGAUUACAUUUCAUCGGUGCAAUGGCUUCAAGACACGGAUUGUCUCGCAGUUGGGAACUCGAUGGGCCAAGUGCUGCUCUGGGACGUUUCGAAACCCAAGUGUCUUCGAUGUAUGGCAGGUCAUCCCGCUCGAGUUGGAUCGCUGGCUUGGAAUUCCUACAUUCUGUCGAGCGGUGGACGAGCAGGAAAUAUUCACCACCACGAUGUCCGAAUCGCGGACCACCUGGUAGCUUCGAUCGAAGGACAUACUCAAGAGGUCUGUGGCAUGGCUUGGAGCCCCGAUUUUAAAUAUAUUGCCACCGGUGGAAACGACAACGUUCUCAAUAUAUGGGACUCUACGAGAGCAUUGGCAGGAUCUGAACCGCUCUAUUCACUCGCGCAACAUCAAGCUGCUGUUAAGGCUAUCAGCUGGUGUCCAUGGCAACCGAAUGUGCUUGGCAGCGGUGGCGGGACGGCCGACAGGACGAUACGAUUUUGGAAUGCUCAGAGCGGAUUGUGUAUGAAAACUACAGAUGCGAAGUCACAGGUGAGUGGAAUUUUGUGGUCACGUGAGCACAAAGAGCUAAUCACAGGCCACGGGUUCGCUCAGAAUCAGCUGACUAUCUGGAAAUACGUCACCAUGGAAAGAAUCUGUGAUUUGAAAGGGCAUACCAGCCGUGUAUUGGCGAUGUGCCUGUCACCGGACGGAACCACCGUCGUUUCCGCUGGAGCCGACGAGACGCUCCGAUUCUGGAAUUGCUUCGCUCACUUGAAGAAGACGAAGAAGCCAUCCACUAGCUCGAGGAGCAGCGAACCGUCCAAGGCACUGAUCACAAGAACCAUAAGAUGAUGUAGUGUUGAUAUGUUUUGUUUCGUGACAUCCAAGGACUCUAAGAAUGUUUUUGAUAUUUUGUGAUGUCCAAGCCAAGGACUCUUAAGAUCAAAGAUAUUUUGACAGAGUAUGCUUGAAUAAUCAAGAUGGACACCCAAUCAAGAUGAACAGAUGAUUGACAGGCGGUAUAAUCUUCCAAAGAUUGGUUGAAGAACUUGAAAUCAUGAAGGGGAUUAAAAGGAAGGAGAUUUGGUCUGCUUUUAGAUUAUGCAAUUCUGCUCUUAUAACAGCCACAGCGGGGGAAGCGUAGGAAAGAGAAGGCAAAGGGAGAUGAGUUUAGAAAUAUUAUAAAAAAAAAAAGAAAGAAGAUGAAUGGGAAGGAGAAUGAAAGAGGGAAAGCAGAAAACAAAUGACAUGAAAAAGAGGGAGGAGAAAACAAAAGGAAUAAGAAAGGAAAGCAGAGUAGGAUGAAGUUGCGAUGGAAGAAAGAAAGCAAGAUACCAAAAUCUACAUACACCUGGAAAAGAUCAUGAAAAGAGAGUAAAAGUUCAUAAGAUAUAAAAUUGAAAUGCAAUAUUUGGAAAUGUGUAAAAUAACCAAUAGUCUUUUUUAGCAGUUCUUUUUUUUUUUUACAAAAUUUGUUUUCAUUCACAAAAAUUAUAAAUUGAAAUUGUAUUUUGUUGUUGUAAAAUAGAUCAAUGUUGUUAAUGUCCAUUUGUGUUUUAUGUAUAUCUCCUAUUGAAUUUUAGAAUAAUAUCAGCUCAUCUCAAAAAUUAAGUAGAGUGGGGGUGUUGCCACGGGGGGAUAGAUGUAAAAAAAAAAUAAGAAGCAGGCAAAUAUGGGAUUUGUUUGAAUGUAUAUUUGUUUAUUUUAAAGAUCUUUAUUACUCAACAUUGUUUAAAUCUUUGAUUCAUCUAAGCGUGGCCAAAACUGUAAUAACACUGAUGAUCCUGGAAUGUGUUGCUCCUAAUAUUUACUGCCAAUUCCAGUCAACAUGUCAGGUAGAAAAUGGUCAAGAUAUCUUUAUGUACAAUAAUAGCAUUCCUGCAUUCUGAAGAGAUUUACCUUAAUCAAGAGUACCAAAAAUGCUGAUAAGUCAAACCAAGAAUAUAUAGGGACUAAGGGACCGAAUUACAUAUGCCUUUCCAGUAAAUUGGUAAGUUUUGGAUUGAAAAUAUUGACCUAAAAUAAUGUAGAAGCGACCGAAGAUAAUGCUGAAUAAUGUACAAGCAUUAGAAAAAUGUUGAAGACCAUUCAGGUAUAUUAUACAUUGUAAAUCAUACAUGAAAUUUCAAAAGAUAAAAAUGUCUCAAGUGCAAAAUUGAAAGUAGCAAUGAAGAAUUUAUGUACAUGUAGUAUGCAUGUCUUAUGUUGGGCAAUAGAGAUGCACACUAUACAAGUACUGUACCCACUACCUAAUUACCUAAUUUAAUGAGAAACUGCAUAAUUUUUAAAACAUAAGUCAUCUAUAUCCUUCGUCUGUGUUUAUUUAAAAGAUGUGUGAUAUUUUACUCUAUGCAAUAAAUCAAACUCGUCAAAUGAA